ACCGUUUCGUGCUCCUCCCUCUCACCGUGUCCGUUAUUCCUCGCCGACCCACUCCACGGAUGGCGGCUGCGACCCCUGCGGAAGCCUCGAGGCUUGACUUAUUUCCCCACGUCUCGAACGCUCUCCUUCUCUUUUGAGCUCCAUAAGGUAAUCGUCUAAGGGAGAUCUCUCCAACCCCUUCGUUCCCAGCGUCAGAACGAGGGUUUUAUUCGCUGCGGCCCCUUUUCCUCCCUCCUCUUUGGUUCGCCCCUUCGCCUCUCUUGUUUCUGGUGGGAGAAAUUGUUUGGAGUGUGGAUCUUUUGGAGGCAAAGGCAAAGAAUUUGAUUCGGUUUGUUAAGGGAUUUGGAGAAAUGUGAGGCUUUCUUUAUGGGGUGCUUGUAUUGGGUAUUGUGGAUCUCGAUCCCCACCACCAAAUAGGUAGGAUCGGAAGAGGCGAGGAGGUGAUCAAGCAGAACAAGGAAGAGACGGAGAGGGACGAGCGAGAUCACGGCAUGGGUGAGUCCAUCCUCACCACCCUGUCCAUGGAGAACCACCACCACCACCCCCCCCAACCCUCCACCCUCCUCUCCAUGGACCCCGCCGGCCCGCCGGCGGUGGCCGUCUCCGCCCACAAUGACUGCGACCACGAGCUCUCCAUCAUCCAGCAGCGCCGGGAGACCGUCCUCUCCGGUGCGCCCGACAUCAAUCUCCCGCUCUUGGUCGACCAGUCCCCUCCGCAGCAGCCUUGGGACCAUGACCCCAUGGACGUAUUGGAAGUCGGCCUCGGCCCCCAGAUCUACGACCAUGAUGCCGUCCUCCACCUCCCCAAGGCAGGCGGGUGCGUCGGUGGCGCCGCAGGGGCCCGUAAAUGCGCCAAGCGAGGGGACAGCAUAUGGGGCGCGUGGUUCUUCUUCAAUUUCUAUUUCAAGCCUGCCCUUGUGGAGAAAUCCAAGAGCAAGAUCAUCCGCGACCCGAAUGGUGUCUCAGGCUUCGACAAGUCCGACCUGCGUCUCGAUGUGUUCCUUGUCCAGCACGACAUGGAGAACAUGUACAUGUGGGUCUUCAAGGAGCGGCCGGAGAACGCCCUGGGAAAGAUGCAGCUGCGGAGCUACAUGAACGGGCACUCACGCCAAGGGGAGCCCCAGUUCCCCUUCAGUGUUGAUAAGGGCUUUAUGCGAUCUCAUCGGAUGCAGAGGAAGCAAUACAGGGGGCUGUCCAACCCACAGUGCGUCCACGGGAUCGAAAUAGUGAGGUCACCGAACCUCUCGGUGGUUGCAGAGGCCGAUCGGAAGAAGUGGAUGGAGCUCACCGGCAGGGAUCUGAGCUUCUUGAUCCCACCAGAGGCCUGUGAUUUUGAGUCAUGGAGGAAUCUUCCGAGCACAGAUUUUGAGCUCGAGAGACCUCCACCACCUCUGAAGAGCGCAUCACAUCCCAAUUCGAGGAAAUUGCUCAAUGGUUCAGGUCUUAAUCUUUCAACACAGCCAUCAAAUCACGCAGGUGGAGAUUGUAUGGAUCUUUCUCCGGUGUACAACAAACGCAGAAAGGAUUUCUUUUCCCAUGGGGCGAACGAGGAUAGUUGUAUGUCCGGCAAUCCUUAUUCAGAUAGACCUCAAGAUAUGGAAGUUCAUCCAGCCGAGCCAUCCUGGGUGAAUGAGUUUACUGGUGUAAUGAGACACGCAUGUGGGCCGGUGACUGCUGCAAAGACAAUAUAUGAGGACGAAGAAGGGUACUUGAUCAUGGUGAGCUUGCCUUUCUCUGAUCAGCAGCGGGUGAAGGUGUCCUGGAAAAACACUCUCACACAUGGAAUAGUAAAGAUAUCAUGUGUCAGUACUGCCCGGAUGCCUUAUGUAAAGCGACACGAUAGAACAUUCAGGCUCACGGAUCCUUCCCCGGAGCAUUGCCCUCCAGGAGAAUUUGUAAGAGAAAUACCACUAGCUACACGAAUUCCUGAAGAUGCAAAGCUGGAAGCUUACUAUGAUGAGUCUGGAACUGUUUUAGAGAUAAUGGUACCUAAACAUAGCGCUGGACCUGAAGAACACGAGGUACGGGUAUGUAGGCGCCCUCCUCAUCUAGGUGCCAAUGAGCUUAUGUUGACAUAAUAGGCAGUAAUUUAGUAUGUAUUGGUUGGUUUCCAUGGUUAAUUUUCCAUUGUUUACUAACUCUGUAUCAUAAAAAGGAAAUUAUGAAAUGAAAGUUUAUCUUUGUCA